AUGCUUAAGCUCAUCGCGUUUCUUACCCUAUUCGUCUUUACAGAGUUGGCUCUCUGUCGCGCAGCUUAUAUCCGUCUUUCGAAUCUUACUCAUGCACUCGAUGCCCGGGUUCCUCCCAAGGCAGUAUCCCUGGCGAAUCUUCUAGCUCGUGAGGGUGAGAGCCACCCUUCCCCCACCCCCCUUCUCGCAUACUCACUUGAAAAGUCUAUACUAACUGCUCAAAAAGAAACAACCACCGUUAUCGUCCCCGUUAGCUGCGAAAAGACCACCUACGUUACCUACUUGGCUUCAUCCACCCAAUUACCAGGUGGGAGAUGGCAAACCGGCGCUGGGGACACUACCACGGGGGCUCCGAGUCCUAGUAUUCCAACAGCCAAGCCAACAACUCCUGAGACUUCACCAAGCUUUAUCAGCCAGACAUCAACAACGGUAUAUGAUUACUCUGCGGCUUCUACUCCGAGCACUGGUUUUCUAAACUCUGCUGCUUCCACGCCAAGCAGUAGAGGAAGAGGAGGAGGAGUAGGAGCUUCUAAGCCGAGUCUUACGCCGACACCAACCCCAUCUACACUCAUCCCAGUAUCGGAUGCUGUGGCUGGAAUGGCAUAUUCUGGUCUUGCAAUUGGUGUCUGGGUAUUGGCUUUCAGUUUUCUCAUCGACAUCUAG